AACGAACCGCCACAAACAGGCCGGCUGGGUGAUUCUUCCGUCGCCUCAAAUACCGCCGCUGAGAGCCGCUUCCGUCGCCAUCGAUCGCCCAUCGAUCGCUCAUCGCCCACCGCCAUCGUCGGGUGCCCAUCCGCUUUCCCUUGGACAUCUCCUCCAUGGCCCAGAACCAGCAACGCAAGCACUCCAAGCUGGGCGAGGUCGUCCGGGCAUAUGCUCCGCUGGGCUUCAUCACCUUCGGCGGCCCCCAGGCCCACAUUGCCCUCUUCCACGACUAUUUUAUCGAAAAGUUCAAGUGGGUCAGUCCCAAGGUCUUCUCGGAGCUCUUCUCGAUUGCAUCGGCCCUCCCCGGCCCGGCCAGCACGCAGAUGGCAUAUGCAUUCGCCCUGCUGUAUGCCGGCCCGGUCGGCGGCGCCGUGUCGUUCCUGAUGUGGACCUUGCCCGUCGCUUUGAUCAUGGCUGCCGCUGCCAUUGGCGUCUCGUAUCUGCCGGAGCAGCUGCCGCUCGUGGUUCUCAAGAUCGAGAACGGCUUGACGUCGUCGGCCAUCGGCCUCACCGCCCUGGCUGCUUACAAGCUCGGCACCAAAAUCAACGUCGAUCCCCUCACCCAGAUCCUCGGCUUCAUCUCGGCCGCCGUCGCCAUUAACUACAGCGCUGCCUGGCUCUUCCCUGUGCUGAUGAUCUUUGGCGGACUGGUGACCUAUCUCGAGCACUACUACACCACCUGGAGGGCCCGCAGGAGCGAGGCCAAGGCCUUCAUCACCCCUGCCGCCGUGGCCGUGGCCGAGGACGAGACCGGCGCAGCUGCGGCUCCGGCGGAUGAAGAGGCCCGUCCCAGCCAGAUCGCCACCGAGGUUGUUUCGAAUCGGGCCGAGGAAGAGGAGGACGAGCACAUCGAGUUCUCGUACUCGUCCAAGAUCGGCCUGGCUGUGCUGGGUAUCUGGCUGGUCCUGCUGGUCAUCGCGAUUGUCCUCAAGACCGUCCCGGGCAUCCCACUCCCGCUCAACAUCUUUGGCACAUUCUACUUUGUGGGCUCGAUCAUCUUUGGCGGCGGCCCUGUCGUCGUGCCGCUCCUCAAGGACUAUACGGUGUCGGUGGGGUGGCUGACGGAUCGCGAGUUCCUGAUCGGCUUUGCGCUGAUCAACUCUGCUCCCGGACCCCAGUUCAACUUCUCUGCCUUCCUCGGCGGCCUUGCCCUGCGUUCCCUCGGCUGGGGCGGCUCGAUCGCGGGAUCGAUCCUGGCGCACAUCGGCAUCUUCCUGCCUGGACUGCUGCUCAUGUCGGCCAUCAUUCCGCUGUGGACCGAGUUCCGGAAGAAAAAGUACAUCCAGGUGAUCUUCCGCGGCAUGGGUGCCUCGGCCGUCGGCCUGGUCUUUGCGGCCGUCUAUCUGCUGUGGUCCAAGGCCGUCAACGACGUCAACAACGCCAACAACGCCCUGAGCAUCUCGCAGUUCCCGCUUUACGUUGCCAUCGUCGGCUUCUCGUUCCUCAGCGUCGGGUUUCUCAAGUUCCCGAGCUACGGCGCUGUCCUGGUCGGCGGCCUCGUUGGUCUGAUCGAGUGGGCUGUCGUCAGCAGGCAGUGAACGGACAACGGCCUGCCUCCAUGUUCCACUGCUUGCCACCAUGUUCCACUGCAGUGCAGUUGCAGCCAAUACAUCCUUCGAUCUUGCCCAUGCU